CAAAGCGUCGUAAUGUACAGUUGGAUUUAUAAUGAAGUAUCUUAGGAAAGUCAUGCUGUCCAUCAUUUGCCUCGCAGUUAUAAUGGCGCUUAACCAUAUCGUGUUUGACACAACACAAGGUAAGCCUCCCAAACCUGCAUACAAGAGUUCAAUGCGCUACGUUGAAAUCCAUUCACAUUUCAUUACGAUUUCUGACAACCGUUUUGCGAUAGAAAAACAUCUGAAUGAACACAGAUCGGGAAUGUCUCGAGUGGCUCAUUUUAUAAUGCCCCAAUCUGGCAUAUUCAAAGACGUUACUUCAAGUCGAGAUGAUUAUUUUACCCACAUUGCCACAGAGCACAAUAUCAAAACGUUGCUUUUUCAAACAACGGAUUCUGACAAAGAUGGACAUGGUGUAUUUCAAUGGAUAGGAAGCAAAUCUUUGUGUAGGGCACUUGGCAAUUAUAAAGGCAAUAUACCAUAUUCCAACUCAUGUACUACAAAUAUGGAGGAGACCUUUUCCGCACAAAGACCUGAACGUAAACCACGAUUCAAAUUACCGGUAAAUGAUACACUCACAGAAGAACUAUUCCAAUGGGGGACAAUAUCUAGUUUUAUUCAUAUAAUACAAAACGGAAUCAUCUCGAAUGAUGGUGUGGUUUUUGUCGGCGACCUGCAAGUUAUACCGUAUAGUUGUCUCGACAGACCAGAAGCGAUACAGGCAUCUAAAGAACAUUUUAGUACAACAAUUAAGGAUAAACUGGAUCAGUUACCGCGUUACGGAGAAGUAUUUGUAAUAACACAGUUUUGGUCAGGCGAGUUUUACCACGGAAUGGUGGAAUCUCUCCCAAGACUAUCACGAUAUAUAGGAUUUAUAGACAAGCGCAAUGAUAUCAAAAUAUAUGUCGCUUGCACUUCGUUCAUGAAGUCGUCACUCCAGACUAUAUUUCCCUCUAGAAACAUAUCUGAACUGGUGAUAUGUGAUAAAAUUGGACCGAUACUCGCAGCGAGAGUGUAUUUCCCGGAAGGUACGCCCUGUGGUAUGUAUAAAUCCUCCCAAUCGGGAGUAUAUCAGAUGUCGAGGGAGUUCAAUAAAUAUAUAGGUUUAAGUAUACAUAUACCACCCAAAAACUAUAUCAUCUUAAUAAAAAGGACCAAACAUAGAAUUUUAGUUCAGCACGACGUAAUAGCUUCAUUUCUGAAUGAUAUUGCGAAACAGAACGAUAUGGAACUUUUUAUUUACGCAGACGACAAACUUCCGUCAUUCUCGGACACGAGAAAUCUAUUCCACCAAGCCAGACUCGUGGUUGCACCACAUGGAGCUGGGCUAGCGAACACUUUGUUUUCUACUCCGGGUUUGUUUGUCAUUGAGAUAGUGUGUAACCAUCCUCAUCUGAAUUUAUGCUACAGACAGUUAGCAAUCUUCCUCGGUCAUCAUUAUCAUGGUGUGUCCUCACAGUUCGGCUGUGAAUCUACACUGAACGUCGAUGUCAACGAAGUAAAAGAAGCCAUUCAGUUCUAUAUAAAACAUAUUGUUAAAAAGAAGAAUUCAUGAUUUGGGAGAUAGGAAUAUUUUGCAGCGUGGAUAAUACAAAACUACGGUAAAAACUACAUAAUGUACGAUGUACAACUCUGAAU